AUGAUUUUGUACCGAUUCCCAUCUUUGUUUGGGAGUCCCUCUCCUCCCCCCAUCAUACCCUCGUCACCUGAUCUGGCGCAUCAAGAUCAGCCCGGCCCCUCUACCCCUUAUCUUGCACUCCUGCCCCCUGAGAUUCCAGACCUAGAGGAACUCCCCUUUGAAAGUGAGUCCUCUCCCAAACUCACCCGUCCAACCACUCCCGCUUGUACCAUGAUGGGACAUUGCAUUACCCUUGUCGCCAACCCUCCUUACUUCAAUGGCAACAAGUCCAAAUAUCUAGGCUUUGCAGACUUGCGCACCACCUACAUUGGUGCCUACUGUUCUGAAUUCUUGGAGGACUUAACAAAAAUACUCUUUGUCCUCUCCUACCUUUGCAACAAGGCGGGCAAAAGCUGCACCGCUUCAAGAUGGGCAAUCAACUGGAAGCAUCACAACUCUGAGGGUUUCCAGGGACUGAAGGCCGAAGUCACCAUGAAGACCUUCUUGGAGGAGCUUCAGAGGGCCUUUGGAGAUUCCAAUGCAGAGCAGGUUGCUGUUGCCCAACUCAUAGCCCUUUGCAAGGGCAGACGGUCCUUUGCAGACUAUAUCUUGGACUUGAAAAUGUUGGCUGCAGACACAGGGUACAACAUGGUCACCGCCACCAACAACCAGGGUAAACACAAAAAGGGGGAUCAAGAUAACAUCCUCAUCAAGUUCCUUGAGUGUGGGCUCAGCAGCGAGAUUGCGAGCCGCUUUUACAACACCAGUGUUCCCCUGCUCAAGGCAUAUGGCACCUUCAAGGACUGGUGCAUCAACAUCGAGGUGAACACACUACGCAACCAACUGUGCAAAGCAUCGUACGGACACGCUGCCCUGUAA